AUGGCGGCCGUCACUUCAGUAUCAUUAGCCGCCGUAACUCAGUCCGCCGACCGGAAAAUCUCGGGUCCGUCUGCUCGUAAUUUUCUAGCGCUCAAUAACCUCCGGUUGACCCACAGUUCUUGUAGCUUUCGAAGAUGGAGCUCGAGUUCUCGUAUGGUAGUUCGUUGUAUGUCCACAGCCGCAGGCAAAACAUCAGCGUUCAGUAUAACUCUUUUCCGUUUUAACCAAUUGUCUUUGUGCAAAGACCCGCCGACAGUUUCUGAAACAAAGUUGAAUUUCUUGAACGCAUAUAAGAGGCCGAUUCCUAGUAUAUACAACACAGUGUUGCAAGAGCUUAUUGUACAACAACAUUUGAUGAGGUACAAGAGGUCAUAUUGUUAUGAUCCCAUAUUUGCACUUGGUUUUGUUACAGUGUAUGAUCAGCUCAUGGAUGGAUAUCCUAGCAAUGAGGACCGAGAGGCCAUCUUCAAAGCAUACAUUGAGGCUCUAAAUGAGGAUCCUGCUCAAUACAGGGCUGAUGCGCAGAAGUUAGAAGAUUGGGCCCGUACCCAGACAGGGAAUUCCUUGGUAGAUUUUGCAUCCAGAGAAGGAGAAGUUGAGGACAUUUUGAAGGACAUAUCAAAAAGAGCAGGGACCACGGGAAGUUUCAGCUACAGCCGUUUCUUUGCUGUUGGUCUUUUCCGCUUGCUUGAGUUAGCAAAUGUGACUGAGCCAACCGUCUUAGAUAUGCAUCUUGAGUCUGUAGGAAUAAGAUGGUGUACUCUUCUUUACCGAAAGGCGAAAACAACUUAUGACGUUUUGUUUAGUAUGCUUACUGUUGAUAUGCUUCUCCACGCUUGGCAGCUUUGUGCUGCACUAAAUGUAAAUAAGAAAAGCGUUGAUAGAGACCUUGAUGUCUACCGCAAUCUUUUAUCCAAGCUGGUUCAAGCAAAGGAGCUAUUGAAAGAAUAUGUAGAAAGAGAAAAAAAGAAAAUAGAAGAAAGGGCAACAUUUCAAAAAGCCAAUGAGGCUAUCACAAAAUGCUUGGGGGAGUACCAAUUUUCCGUGCGGUAGUCUCCUUUUCACCCAAACCACCUAUGGAUGUACUGUAAGAUAAAAAAAAAAUGGAUUUCAUUUUUUAAUCCGGAAGUACAUGUAAGCAUAUUUGGAUUUAAGCAGUGGGCAUUAAAGAGUUCAUACUUCAUAUACAUAUGACUGACACAUUUCGUGAGGCACAUAUGUGAGGACUCGCCUUUGAAGAACAUUAUGUUAGGCUUGUUUGUAAUUUUCUUCUGUAAUAUUUCUCGUUGUGCAACACACUUAGACAAUUCACUCGUCUGUGUUACCUUAUUGUGCAGCCUUGAAUGUAAAAGUACGAUUUCUAACUUUUCUAAGUUGAAGCCAUCUUGUACCAUUUAUCUGAGUCUGGUUAUUUGAUUACAAACUUGAUGUUUACAUAACCAUGAGACUUCUGUAGUCUUAUGCUCGUAAUGCUGGACAAUGGUGGCAAAUCUUUUCUUUUUUUGGUUUUCCUUUUCUGUUCAUCGCAAUGUAGCAGCAUGGCUCUUUUUCUUACACUUUUCGUGUUUCUUGCAUUGAAUAUUUU